GAAAAAAAAUGCAAAACAUGCGGACUGCAAACAUCAACAGAUGAUGGCGGGAAGAGGAGAGUAAACAUCUGGUCCUUUUCUGUCCCCUAGAAAAAUUAAGUGACAAAUGUUUUGAUUUGUCGCACGGACAGCAAAGCUAAAGAAUGGCAGACCGGAUUCUCCGCAAGAAAAUCUCUUCGUCCUUCAAACUGCACGGAUUCACUCUCAGAGCUGACAGCUGCACGUACCUGGUUGAGCAAUUUGAACCCCUUGAUGAGGGAGAAUUUGAGCUGUGGUUGGAGAAACUCAUCGACCACAUCCAGAACCAACGUUUGUCCACAAAUGUUGUCGAGCUGAAGGCUGUCGAACUUGCCGUUCGAGAUUGUGCCAGCGAGCAGCAGCAAGCAGGUGAAGACGUGUUUUGUGUCAUCAGUGCCUUCGACGUGCCGAGAUUCAAUUUCAAUCCAGACAUAAAAAAAUACGAGCCAGCUCCCAAGAAGGAGCACUCGUUAUUUGACAAUGCUGACGCAAAGGCCCAACUGUUUCGCGACAGAUUUUCUCUCAUCAAACAACUCACUGAACGGCAUCCCUUGUUUAAACCUUCGGCUGACGAUUCUCAAGAGAAGUUCAAAAUUUAUCCCAUCGAGCACCUUCUGAGUAGUGCCAGGAAACUAACAAAAAUUAUCACCAUGGGUCUCUUCUCUCAACUCAAGGUUGGGAUGUUCCAUCUUGAAGACCCAACAGGAAUUAUUCAGCUGGACCUAUCGGAAACAAGUUACCACGUAGGCCUUCACGCAGAAAACUGCAUCGUUUUAGCUGAGGGCUGGUACGAAGACAAAAUUUUCCACGCCAAGGCCAUUGGUUUUCCUCCAGCAGAGACUGCAGAUGUCAGCAGAGCGUAUUUGGGUUCGCUGAACAUGUUCGGAGGUGACUCGAGAAUGGCAAACAAAUCAAAUAAGGCUCUGCAGAAAACUUUGCGCGAAAACAAAGACAGAAUUAUGGUCUUCCUCUCUGACCUUUGGCUGGAUCAGGAUAAAGUGCUGCGUAAACUGCAGGUGUUGUUUGAAGGCCUUUCGUCAUAUCCGCCCAUUGCGUUUAUUUUCAUGGGCAACUUUUUAUCAACAAAGCCAGAAAGUAACCAAGCUGAGCAGCUCAAAUUCCACCUCCGUUCUUUAGCCGACCUCAUCUCUUCCUAUCCAAACCUGCUCAAAUUCAGCAAGUUUGUUUUUGUACCUGGACUUGCUGACCCGGCAUGCCCUAAUAUCCUGCCUAGACCACCACUGCCUAAAGCUGUGACUGAGGAUUUUGAACUACGAGUCUCAAACGCUAUUUUCACCACUAACCCAUGUCGAAUUAGAUACUGCACUCAAGAGAUUAUUGUGAUGAGAGAGGACAUUAUGUCUAAACUUUGCAGAAACACAGUUCACUACCCUACAACAGGAAACAUAUAUGAGCAUUUUGCCAAAACUUUACUCAGCCAAGCAAAUCUGUGUCCUUUGCCACUGUCUGUGCGCCCUAUCUACUGGAGUUUUGCACAUGCCAUGCAAAUCCACCCAGCCCCAGAUUUGAUCGUUGUAGGUGAUACUCUGAGCACUUUCAAAACUUCACAUGCGGAGUGCCAAGUGGCUAAUCCAGGAUCAUUCGCAAAAAACAACUUCAUGUUUGUUGCCUACUGCCCUGGCACAAAGCAGGUCGACGAGAGUGAAAUUACUGAUUAGAUUUUGUACAUUGGUAUUUUAAGUAAUAAAAACAGUACAUAAGUAAGUUA